ACACAAGACCUUUUGCCCAUUAGGUUUUAUUAGGUUUAUAAUAAAGCCCUUUGCUUGUUUUCUUUGCAGCAUUAGGGUUUCAGUUUCAUCUGCCGUCAUCUCUCUGUCUCCAAAAUGCCUAAGCAAAUUCACGAGAUUAAGGAUUUCCUUCUUACCGCAAGAAGGAAAGACGCCAGGUCAGUGAAAAUCAAGAGGAGCAAAGAUGUUGUGAAGUUCAAGGUCAGGUGCUCAAAGUACCUUUACACUUUGUGUGUCCAUGAUGCCGAGAAGGCCAACAAGUUGAAGCAAUCUCUCCCCCCAGGUUUGAGCGUACAAGACCUUUAAACGGUGAUUCUUUUUCGUGUUGGUUUUAAGUUUUGCUUUACUAAAAGGAUAUUUUGUUGGAAUUUAACUUCUGCAUUUUAAUGUUAUUGAUGUUCCAUUUUAGUUAAGCUUUGUAUGAACAUGUUGCAGUUUUGGUUAUGAGACUGUUUGCUUCUGAAACUAACUGUU